AGUUUGUAGAGCGCAUUUGACGAUUUGUUGCGGUGUAAUAAAAAAUACAUAAAAAAAUAGCAAAAUGUUUCGCUUAUCAAAAAAUGUUAUAACAUUGCUCUCAAAAACUGCAAAAAUAUCUGCACAGCAAGAUGCCGGCAUUUUAAUGUGUACACAAGGCAAUAUCAAAUUUCUCAGUACAGAUAUUGACGAUAAAUAUUCUUUAAAACAUGAAGAGGUCGGCCGGCCCCUUUACUUCGACGCUCAAGCAACAACACCUGUCGAUCCUCGAGUACUUGACAAGAUGCUGCCUUACUUCAUAGGACAGCAUGGCAACCCACAUUCUAGGACUCAUGCUUACGGUUGGGAGAGUGAAGCAGCCGUGGAACUAGCUAGAGAGCAAGUGGCAAAUCUAAUUGGAGCUGACCCCAAAGAGAUAAUAUUUACCUCAGGAGCUACAGAGUCGAAUAAUAUAUCCGUAAAAGGAGUGGCCAGAUUUUAUGCACCUAGGAAAAAGCAUAUUGUUACUACUCAAAUUGAGCAUAAAUGUGUACUGGACUCAUGCAGAGCCCUAGAAGGCGAAGGCUUCAAGAUUACAUACCUGCCGGUGGGACCUAAUGGCAUCAUCAGUUUGAAGGAACUGGAAGCGGCACUCACUCCUGAAACAAGCCUUGUUUCUAUAAUGACAGUCAACAAUGAAAUAGGUGUAAAACAGCCUAUAGCAGAAAUCGGAGCGCUCUGCAAAAGCAAAAAAAUAUUCUUCCACACAGACGCAGCACAAGCCAUGGGCAAGAUUCCUCUAGAUGUUAACAAGAUGAACAUAGAUCUGAUGUCAAUAUCUGGCCACAAAAUUUACGGGCCCAAAGUUGGGGCCCUGUAUAUUCGGCGUCGGCCACGAGUUCGCGUUGAACCGAUACAGAGUGGAGGAGGGCAAGAAAGGGGCAUGAGGAGUGGCACUGUACCUACACCUCUUGUUGUUGGAUUAGGAGCUGCUUGUGAACUGGCCGAGCGUGAGAUGGAAUAUGACCACGCCUGGAUGGAGACACUCUCACAAAGAUUCCUCGACAAGAUUUAUUCAAAACUGACACACGUCAUCAGAAACGGGGACGCAGAACAAUCUUACCAUGGAUGUAUCAAUCUGUCAUUUGCUUAUGUUGAAGGCGAAUCUUUGCUAAUGGCUCUAAAAGACGUGGCACUGUCAAGCGGGUCAGCUUGCACCUCAGCCUCCUUAGAACCUUCGUAUGUGUUGAGAGCUAUUGGAACAGACGAAGAUUUAGCGCACAGUUCUAUCAGAUUUGGACUAGGACGAUUCACGACAAUCGACGAAGUAGACUACACAGCAGAGAAGACGAUCAGGCACGUCGAGCGCCUCCGAGAAAUGAGCCCGCUCUGGGAGAUGGUUCAAGAAGGCGUCGACAUCAAAACUAUACAGUGGUCGCAGCACUAAAGUCGUCGAGUCCUGUUAGUUAUGCAUGUCCUUUGUUACUAUGGUCAUUGACGAGAAAUACUGUUAGAUGCGGUGAGCAAAAUUAGAAGUCGUAUUGUUGAUUGAUGGCCUUGUAAAAUCCUGUCAUGCGGUAUAUAAAGUAUGAGUAUGACGUAUAAUAUAGAGCGUAAAGGAAAACCUGGCUCAAGACUCAGGGCGUGAUGGACAAAAUAGCUUUCGUUCUUUUCGCUUUUUAAGCAAUUGAGCCUAUGAUAGGUACUAUGUGUGCCGUAUAUGUGCGUUCUAUCUUAUGCCAAUCUUUCGCUUCGUAUCAAAUGAUGCGUUUGUAUGUUCCUCUCUCACUGUUCCAUAAUAUUGCGACAGAAGGCGUACUACAAUUUGUAUUACUCUAGUAAUUUACAUGUAAUAGUUUUUUUUUUGUCAAUGACGUAAUUAAUGUACGUGCAGGUCGAUUCAUAUUAGUUGGUCUAAAUAAAGUACUAAUCAUUAAAAGUUUUGAAAUGAUAAAUUUCAUAAUUUUUUCCACUUUAUUAGUUGACCAGCUUCUAUGAAUCGACCUAUGUAC